AUGUCUGCUAUUCCCCAACGUAACCUCUCUAUAGCUGGUCACUGUGAGACGGAGAGGAAUGGCAAUGACUUUUCUCUCACCGUCUUCCAGGGAAACAGGCUCCUACCCAGAUUACGCGUCCAUCCUACGAUCCUAUUCUAUUCGAUGGGCCAGCUCAUCGUCUACUCCCCAGGCUUUGGUUCCGUCAGCGUCUGUAUACUAGUGGUGACUGUGUUCCUCCACGAAAUGGGUCAUGCCGCUGCAGCUCGUCUUGUUGGUGGCCAUACAGAUGAGGUUACUCUAUGGCCUCUAGGUGGCCUUGGGGUAUCUUGGUAUGAUCGAACUUUUCGUAAUAAGCUCUUCGUUACACUCGCCGGUCCUCUUGUCAACGUAUUCCUCUUCGGUGGUUGGUUCCUAGCUGGUGGGGCUACGUUCAAGAAGUGGGAGUUUGAUGAGGAUGAUCCUGAUACUGAGAUUACCCUCAGCGAUUGGGAGGGUCUUUGCUUCUGGGCUGCUGCAUUGAACUUAUGGUUGGUUGCUGUGAACCUUUUGGUACCCGUGUAUCCCUUGGAUGCAUCCUGCUGGACGGGGCAACUGUUCUAUCGAUGCCUUUGUAGGAGUGCUAAGAAUGCUAGUCUCGUGAUGAUAUGGCUCGCCCUUGUUUGUGGUCUCUUCUUCCUACUCUUAGCGUUGGUUACCUUUGAUCCUCUUAUGAUGGUCAUCACUGGUUGGUGUUUCUAUCAAAUGUGUCUUCUCAUCAAAGCAUUCUGUGACGGUAGCAUCUCCGAUCAUCCUUUGUUUAACUUCGACGAAACAGCUCUUAUAGGUCGAAGAGUGGUCAUCCAAACCCAGCUGAAUAUGCCCCCUUUAGGAGUACCUGUUGGAGGAGGCAGCAGCAAGAUGAAUUCCACGCAGAGGGAUCUGUCUACUUUCAACGGAGACUUCACACCUACGAACAGGAUUGUCACCCAUGGACGUUCCCCGAUACCAGGAUCGCAGAGGAUCUAG